UACCGAGAAUUUAGGGUUCUUGAGAUACUAAAUUUUGGUGUCAGUGUGUACUAGUUUGCCACUGCUGGUGUCGAGAUUUUCAUCCAGGCAUGGGAUUUCCAAGCAUCUAUGGCGGCCUGCUGCCGCUGGUGGUGGUGAACACGGCGAUUUCGCUGGCGCUCGUAAAGAAUCUGCUCGAUUCGCUGCUCCGGAUCGUCGGGCUCAAGAGGGAUUCGUCGGAGGUCCACCAGAUGGAGCCGUCUUGGCAGCCGCGGCGCCCGGUGGCCUCCAGCCUCUCGCCGGAUCGCUCACAGCCCCAGCACCACCACCAUAGCUUCGUGGAGGAGAUCCAAUCCUCGCUCCCUCUCAUCGAAUUCAGUAAGCUCGUCCAUUCUUCUCUCGAUAUUUCGGAGAUUCCUUCCUCCUCUCUCGAUAAUCCGGGAGAAAUCCCUUCUUCCCCCUCUUCUUCCUCCUCUCCUCCUUCCUCGCUCGAAUUCCCCGGCGAGAACGAGGAACACGAGACCCAAUGCGCGGUGUGCCUGUGUGAUUUCGAGCCCAGCUCGCUCGUCCGCAAGCUCCCCAAUUGCUCGCACGUCUUCCACCGGGAUUGCUUGGACAAGUGGCUGAAUCACAACCACACCACUUGCCCGAUGUGCCGCUCCAGCCUCCUCACGCUCGAUCUCGCCAAGAAGCACAGGCAGCAGGAAGAAAUCCUGGCCGAGGAGCUCGCGCUGUGGCUCUCGGUCUAUCACACCAGCGGAUUGGCCAGGGGGCCGUGGUGGUACCGCGGCCAUGGAUCUGGCUUCGCCACUGGCUGGGAUUUCCACUAGUUAGCAGCCGCCACGAAGAAAGUGAAAGGAUCGAUUGGUCGGUCCUAUCGAUGGAUUGACACGGCACACCAUUUUUUCGUGUUCUUCGUUUGCGUGCUUUGUUCUAAGACCACUCACUGUACAUAAAGUAAAAGUUCUUCCAUUCACGAGAAGAAUGGGUGACAAAAUCGCGGCCGUCCAUCUCACGGGAGGCUCUUCCGGAUCGGAAUGUGACCCCUCGCUCUCUUUUUUUGACUGCGAUGGAGAGAUGGAACGAUCGUUGGAGAGAAUUUCAAUCUCUUUCGCUUGUGGGUCCAAGAUUCCUGUGGAGACACACCACAACAAAAGAUCGUAGAUUCAUAUCAAUUCGGGAAUCCAUGGUUGGAAUGUUGCGAGGCCAUACAUCAAGAGAAUGCGAUCAAACAUCCAGGACAGUUGGUUCACUUGAGCUCUAUCAAUCUUUCAAGCUCUCGAAUUGACAAAAGAGAGAAACAACUAGCAAUGGAGUGGA